GACUUCACCAGUUCUGAAAGGGUGGAACGGAAAACUCCUGAGAGAUAGAGAAUUGCUGGAAAUAGAGACUGGCGAGUUUGGAUGGAGUAAGUUGAAGGGCCAGUGAAUAUUGAAGGGUGUUUCCAGAAGAAUGAUUUGAAUACAGAAAAAGAAACGGAUGGGGAAGGUGCAAGUGUUGUAUGAGUAUGGCAGAAGUGUUGUGAGAGAUUCAAUUCUAUGAAGUUCAAGGAAAUUUCUUCAAAAAACCUACACAAUAGAGAAGCAAGUGAUGAUAAAAGUGGGCAUGGGAGAAAAUCAUAUGCCCAAUAUAUGCACGAAAAAAAUGAUCCAGAAACUGGUGAGCAGUACUCAGCUCUUGAAAAUUGGAAAGAUCAACGUUUGACUCGUAGUGGCGAAUGGAGAACAAAAGAAGCACAUGAAAAAUAUACUCAAAUGAGCGAAGAGUACCAAACACAGCUAGGACAAACAGGGUCAUCAUCUUCAAUAAAUGAGAUUGAUAUUAUGCACCGGAACUUGAGAAGAUAUCGCGGACGCUAAAGCGGAGUGGGUCCUACCCUAUCAAAGGGUGCAUCUCGACAAGUGGAAGAUGUCGCUACUUCAACAUUCCAAGACCACCGGGAUGUUCAAAUAAGUGAAUUGAAGGCAAAUCAAGAGUUGAUGCAAGCAAAUCAGGAGUUGAUGCUUCGUGCCCUACAACAAUUUAUUCGUGGCUUUCAACUUCCUUCACGCAGCUCCGCAAAUGAUGUUCCUUCGACAUCAAGUGCUAACCAACUUGAUCAGAGUCUCGAUGAAGAUGAUCAAGAUUGAUAAUAUCGAGUUGAAUAUGCUUUUUACUUGGUUAAGAUGAACAUGA